AUGGACCAGAUAAUGCAGUUUGUGGAGCCCAGUAUGUUCGUCAAGGACUCCAUCCGUCUGGUGAAAAGAUGUACCAAACCGGACAGGAAAGAGUUUCAGAAGAUCGCCAUGGCCACAGCGAUAGGAUUCGCAAUCAUGGGCUUCAUUGGAUUUUUCGUGAAGCUUAUUCACAUCCCCAUCAACAACAUCAUUGUUGGUGGCUGAACUGGUGAGCAUGACCAGUGCACCCAUCAACCUGACCAGUGCACACAUCAACCUGACCAGUGCACCCAUCUACUGGACCAGUGCACCCAUCUACUGGACCAGUUGUCUGGAAAUGGACCACAGGACAAAAGCGCCCUCCACCAUUAUUCUCCAAGCACCACAAUGUGUUGCUUUUCUGCUGUCCAUUCCUUUGGCUUGUAAAUAAACGUACAUUUUUUAAA